AUGAACCCUGAACAAAUAGACCAAUUACUUCGAAAUCAAGUAUCACAGCAACAACAAAUAACAGAAAUCCUGAAAUUUUUAGUUGAAACACGAAUUACCACACCCACACCAUUGAACAACAAUGGAACGGAAUUGCAGGUAACUACCUCAACACCGACAGAAAUAAAUAAAAUAGCCAUCAUUAAUAAUUUUAGAGGAGACAAAUUUGAACCGUCAAGUAACUCGUCAAUUGAAAAUUUUAUCGAAUAUUUUGAAGCCAAAUGUAGAAUAGGGGGUGAAAGUUACUUAAAUAUACAGAAAGACCUUUUAUUAUCAUGUUUAAAACCAGAAACAUAUCACGAAAUUAAAACAGCACUAAUACCCUCAUUCGAAAAUUCUACCUACGAUGAUAUUAAAAAUAAACUACUAGAUAUAUAUAAAACACGUAAAACAAGAUACAAGGCAUUGACUGAAUUUUGGUCUUGUAUCAGAGAUACCUGUGAAAGCAUGGAACAUUAUGCCAAUAGGUUAAAAGAACUCAGCAAAGAUUGCGGUUAUGAUGACACUAUAUUAGAACGACAGUUACGAGAUCGCUUCGCUACAGGGCUAAAUCAUCAACAAUUACAAAUUGAACUAAGACAAAAAUGGCCUGAUCUUAUAGAUACUCAAAACGGAAUAAAAACAGAAGUAACAUUUUUACAGUUAUUUGCUAUUGCUCAGUCUAGGGAACUAGCUGAAGCAGAUAUUAAUACAGAGUGUAACAUUAACAGAAUAUCUAACAAAACUGGAAACAGAAAAGAAGAAAACAUACGGAAACCAACACGCAAAUUACGCCUAGACCAAUGUCGCAGAUGCGGCAAGCACAAUAGACACAGCUUUAACAAAUGUGAAGCCAGAAAUCAUGAAUGUACAGAAUGUGGAGUUAUAGGUCACUUUGAAAGUUGCUGCAUUAAAACUGGCCGAGCGUACCUUGACAACUAUAAACCGCUUAAAAAUCAACUAAGUUUCAGAAAAAUAGGCACUUAUACAGAAUUACAGAAAGAGCAAAUA